CGUUGUGAUGCUCUUCGGCCGAGAAGGGAGAACGCUUGUUCUUUUGUGGAUGUUCUUCCGCACGGUCUACGUGCUACAGGGAUUCCAAGAUGGAAAUCCAGGGGCCGGCGGAUCAGCGACAGCAAGAUGGCGGCCCAAGGUUUCCUGCACAAGAGGAAAGUAAGGAGGUGCUGGAUGACAGCUCCGAAGAGGAAGAGAAGCAGCCAGGACUUAUUAAUGAAGCGGAAGAUGCGCAGCCAGUUUACAUGGUGCUUAACCUCAGCGAGGAAGCGGCGGCCCCGGCAGUCAGUGGGGAUGUGGUGCGGCCCUGUACUUCCUCCUCACAGCUGGGCCUGCCCGAGUACGUGACUGUGCGGCUGGAGAAUGGAGUGCUCACCCUGGGAGGGAGAGGCGCGGAGAGCGUGGAGCCUGCGGAGCCCCGGGCUAGUGAUAUCCAAGCGCAGGCGGCCUGGGCCUCGGAGCUGGACACUGGCAGCAGCAGUAACAGCGGGGCCGCGCAGCGCUUUCCCGAGGACCUGGAGGAUGUGGAUCUGGUUCUGAGGGACAGUGAGGAUGAGCAAGUCGCCUGCUUCCUGGUUGGGGAGAUUGGGGAACUGCAGGUGAACUUGGGGGAGGCCUUGGACCUUGCCAGGAAGGGGGUCGUGCUGGCGUUCCGCUGCCCAGAGCCCGGCUGUGCCAAGGCCUUUGAUCGCAAGCAGCAGCUGAAGGUCCAUUUACUGAGCCACACUGAAGCCCAGCGACCAUUUAAAUGCACCGUAUCCAACUGCUGCUGGUCCUUCACCACCCUGUACAAACUCAAGCGCCACCUGCAGUCCCACGACAAACAGCGACCCUUCUCCUGCGACGCGCCCGGCUGCGCCAAGAGCUUCACCACCGUCUACAACCUCAAGGCCCACCUGAAGGCCCACGAGCAGGAGAAUCUGUUUCGCUGCGACACCUGCGGGGAGUCCUUCCCCACCGCCACCAAACUCAGCGCCCACCGGAGGAUCCACUUUGAGCCCGAGAGACCCUACAAGUGCGAAUUCCCUGGCUGCGACAAGACGUUCAUUACAGUCACGGCCUUAUUCUCGCACCAUAGAGCUCAUGGUCGGGAACAAGAACAGUUCAUCUGCUCUUUCCCAGGAUGCAACAAGCAAUAUGAUAAAGCGUGUCGGCUGAAAAUCCACUUGCGCAGUCAUACAGGUGAACGGCCUUUUAUUUGUGACUUUGAAGGCUGUGGUUGGACGUUCACGUGCAUGUCAAAGUUGUUAAGACACAAAAGGAAACAUGAAGAUGACCGGAGAUACCCUUGUCCUGUGGAAGGCUGUGGGAAAUCCUUCACAAGAGCAGAGCAUUUGAAAGGCCACAGCAUUACACACCUGGGAACAAAGCCAUUCGAGUGUCCCGUUGAUGGCUGCGGAGCAAAGUUCUCUGCUCGUAGCAGUUUGUACAUCCAUUCCAAAAAGCACCUCCAGGAUAUCGACACGUCAAAAACUCGAUGCCUUGUUUCCAGCUGCAACAAGAUGUUCACAUCCAAGCAGAACCUGAAAUCACACAUGGUCAAGCAGCACAACUUCAGUCGAGAUCUUCUGACCCAGCUGGAAGCAAGUAGCUCGCUCACCCCAAGCAAUGAACUUACAAGCUUAGGCCAGAAUGACCUCAGUAACUUGGACCUCUCAUCUCUAUUCACCAACGUUUCUUCUAAUGGCCCAGGGAUUUCGGCUGAUCUGACUCUUGUCAACUCUGGAAUACUAACUAUUGAUGUUUCAUCUGUGGGUUCCACACUGGGAGGGAACCUUUCUGCCAACAGCAGUUCUUUGGUGCACCCCGUGGAUCCAUUGGUGCUGGUGUCUAACAAUGAAGCACAUCAAAGCUUGGAAAGUUCCCUACUGCUAGGAGCUGCUGCUUCAAUCCUUCAUCAAGGCACCUUACAGUUGGAUGAUGCGCAGACAGUGAAUGCAGAGGCUUUGGGUUCUCUGGCAUCUUUAUCCAUGAGAGGUUCUAGCCAGGAUAUUCAAGGUCUAACAUCCAGUAAUAGCCUGACCAUUGACUCUUCCACUUUAACACCCUCAGUGAGCCUUGGAGCUAGCAGUUCCAUGCCAGAAUUGCUGACCCAGGUCAAAACAGAGAGGGAUUUGAUUCCGCACUCUGAGGUUGUGGGCGAACAGGAAGGAAGUAAAGUUGUAACGCAGUUUGUAUUUCCCAACCCCACUGGUACCUAUAGUGCUCAGAAGGAAAUGGAUUACAGUUUGGUAGCUGGGAGCACUUCUCUGGAGAGCAGCGGUUCAGCGAGAACAGAUUACAGAGCCAUUCAACUAGCCAAGAGCAAAAAGAAAGGAGGUUCUACCAGUGCAGGUACUUCGCCUACACAGAGGAAGAGUAAAAGUGCAAAGCCGAGCCCAGCUGUAUCCUCCAGUGGCAGCAGGUUUGGAAGCAAUGCGGUUCUGCCUAAUGGAGGACUGACUCUACGAGACCCUGCUACUGGCGCCCAGUAUGUGCAGAUUCAACUUCUACAGGAUGAUUCUCCAGGAGAUGGUGACCUGCCUUUUCAGCUGAAUGCUCAGUCUCCGGCAUCCCAUGCCCAGCUCACUGUUGAUCUUCCAGUGCAUAUACUGCAGGAGCCUCACACCUCAACAGAGGAGGACGUCUCUUCGGAUAAUUCUCAGUUUACAGGAAGUACAAUAAAUUUGCAAGACCUGGAAUAAGGGGCAUUUAUAUUUGAUAUUGGGGACAAUGAAUGGGAUGAUGCAGCAUAGUUCUCAAGCUGGACCAAUAAGUCUGUGAUGAACAGCUUUCUGGAUUGUAGGAGGCAUUUUCUAAUUGCACUAUAUUUUAUGCUUUUACCCAGAUGGUUUUCAUAAUAAUGGGACAUGUCUUUCUGUGGAAAAAUUCCGGGAGCUGCUUCCCCCUCCCUCCUCUCCCAUUAUCAUCCAUCCAAAAUGACUUGGAAUAUGGAAUAUAAUGGAUCUUAAAGCUGAACAUCUGCUGGGCAAACUUUUUUUUUUUUUUUUUUUUUUUUUUUUUUUUUAAAUAUCCUGGUUCUCCAAUGCCCUCCAAUUCCUUUAAGAAAAAUCAUGGUUUAAAUGAAAGAUUUCAGGAUGCUCUGCAGGUAUUAAUAUGAAAUCUCUUUUGGAGAGACUGCAUUAUCUACCUCCUCUACAUAGACUCCCAGUGUUAAGUCUCAUGCAAGUACAAGCUGCCGGCACCGCUCAUUCCAUUACAAAACAAAAUGGUAUUUUGUAAAUAAUAAUUGCUAAUAUUUAUUGGAGUGAAUGUGGCUGGAGGCUGUGUGCUUUAAGGGGUACAGUAAAGAGGGCAUUAGUCGGGGUCUCCAGCAUCAGAGUGGCUCUUAUGAUUAAAAGGAUGUUGCACAGUACAUAGGACAUAUAUAGUGGAUUCAUUUUAAACAGUUUAGUAUAUAGAUCAGGGAAGCCCAUCCAGCUGUUGUGGGUUGUGGGAGGGCCACAAUUGACAUCCAUAACUACAUCAUUUUCUCCUCAGAUUUGGGCCUAAGCCUGUGUUUAUUGUCAGGGCGCCUUUUCUCUUAACUCCAGUUCUUGUGCUGUAUUGGUUUGUUUUUUUCUUUUUCUGUACAAAUGUAAAUGACUGUAUUAUAAAUAUAUACAUAUUUUCCCUGUUA